CAUUUUUAAAUUUGUGUUUAUAAUACCAACAACUCUCUGCUACCAGCAAGAUUAAUUUCUUGUUGUUUCAGAUGAGGUAACAGAAGAGCUUCCAGGCGCAGAGUCGGCACAGAUGGUCAAGGAAUUGAAGGAGUAUGUUGAGAGUAUACUGACGAAAAUGAACGAGUUAACUUUAUCAGAAUCUGCAGCGAUGGAAAGCAAUUAUCAACCCGCUCGUCUUGCAGGACACAUUCAAGUACCACCGCAAUAUGUGCCGAAUUACCCGUACCCAACACAGCCGCCACCAGCUUACAGCCCAACACCUCCGCCUGGAGAUUUGCCUCAGGGAGCUUACGGCGGGCUUCAAUAUUCUCAGUACGGUUGCCAAGUUCCACCGUACCAUGUAGGCAGUGUACCACCUCAACCACCACUUCAGACAACUAAGCAUAAUAUGGAGGAAAAAUCCAACUUAUCAACUGAACCUGAAGUAAUAAAUCUAAAUAGCGGACCUCAGGGCGUUGCGUUUGUGUCAGGCGACAUGAUUGCGGUUGCUGAUGAAAGCAACCAAUGCGUUAGAAUAAUGAGCACAAGUGGAGAGGUUAAAACGUCAUUUGGAUCUUACUCGCAAGGUAGUGAGUACUUCACUUCACCAACUGGUGUCUGCAUCAACAACAGAGGCCAUAUAGUGGUGACAGAUCAUGUCAAUAAUUGUAUUCAUGUAUGGGACAAGAAUGGCCAGUUUCUGCGCAAGUUUGGCAGUAAAGGGCAAAAAGAAGACGAGCUGUACUAUCCAGCAGGCGUGGCCUGCGAUGCAGAUGAUAACAUUUAUGUAUGUGACACGUGUAACCACUCAGUUAAAGUCUUCACAUCCGAUGGGCAGUUUAUUCGUCGAAUUGGUGAGCAAGGAAGUGGGGAAGGACAGUUUUGCUUCCCUUCCUACCUCGCCGUCAACGACGAUAAGUUGGUUGUGUCCGACAGGGACAACCACUGUAUCCAAAUAUUUACAUUAAACGGUGAAUUCUGCCAUAGGUUCGGAAAACGCGGAAAAGGUCUCGGUCAGUUCAAAUCUCCAAAUGGUAUUGCGGUUGAUUCACAGGGCAGACUUAUAGUGGCCGAUAGUGACAACAACCGAAUCCAGAUUCUAGACAUGAAAGGCUCAUGCAUUACGACAUUUGGAAAGAAAGGUUCAAAAGAAGGGCAGCUCAAGUGGCCCGAAGAUGUUGCUGUGUUGGCAGAUGGAAGAAUUCUCGUGAGCGAAGUCGACAACAAACGUUUACAGAUAUUUUCACAUACAAUAAGUUAAAUAUUUAUAAUAUUUAUGCUGUUUUUGAUAGACGUUAAUUAAAUUCAUUACCUUAGCACUUAACCCCACCACUGUUAGGGUCCCACAAACAUACACCGUAAACGUACCUAAACAUGUGUGUUUGUGGGACAUGCGCGUAUCACUGGCCCUGUUCUGAUUGGUCAGCUGUUAAGUUUGAUUAACACUCCAGAAGGGUUCAUUGUACGAAAUACAUAAAAUGCCUUGCAGACAGAAGGGAAUUUUUGUUUGUCUGGGAAUACUAUGCUAGGACUUAGAGGUAUCUGUUUUUGUUCUACGAUGAAGUAUUAUUUACUGAAGUUGUAGACCUACAAUGAUGGUUACUAUAGUGAUUAAGAAAUAUUAUAUUUGUUAUAAGCAGCAUUCAUUAAAAUCAUGCGCCCUAAAUGCUACUCUUUGAAUUAUACAUGCAUAGAAGAAGCUAUACAGUCAGGCUGUCUGUUCACUUUGAGACGGGAAGUCUCAAUCGCAAAUUGCUAAUACAUGUCUUAAUAUAUCAAGAGAAAUGUAAAGGAUCACGCAUAUUUAUCUGUUAAUUAGGAGGUUACAAACAACCAGUGUAAAAUCCGUAUACAGGUACUCACUCUCAACGGUACCCACACAAUUACUAAUCCCUAGUCUUUACGACAUACCGGUAAUGUCAGUGAGCCCACGAUCAUCGUGUAUUUUUCUAAUUAAUAUGGAAUAUCUUUUAAUAUUCUGAUUGGCUAUGAAACAACGCGUAGUUCCAAUUAACCUUGGUUUUAAACUAGGGUAAAUUCGACGCGUUAAUGUGAACGCAAGUAACAUUAGUGUCAUUGCUUGAGUUCACGUCCACACGCUAUAUUACUCUAGUGUGAACCAAGACUUGGAUCUAUCUCCACGCUCCUGCCAACAGUACGCGCGGCUAUACAUUACGUGAAUUAUGUGACUGCAGCACUAUUAAGCAUGCGACGUAGGCCUGUAUGGAAAUACUGUACGAGUAUAAAGAAAUGCACCCAUGAACUGCGAUUGCCUUAUUCAUUUAGUACCGUAUCGUAAAUAACCAGAGAAAUCAACAAGAUAGCGAUUAAAAGAAAGGAUUUUAUUUUCCAAAUAUUCUGAUAUACUUAAUAGCUAUGUUACCAUAGUAACUACCAACAAUAUUUACAAUUCGUUUCCUUUUAAUGUACUUUAUUCUACAUAACUCCAAUUCGACAAGUUCUUUCUACUUUCAAACAAUUUGUGAAGCCAAUUACUGAUAUAUCUUAUCUGAUCUGACUAAUCUUUUGAAUAAAUUUAUAUUUACUAAGCAUAA